AUAGGCUUUUUUAAGUUUGGGCAAGGACACAGGGGCCCCAUGAUCCCCUAUUGCCCGGGGGCCCCAUGAGUUGUCAGUCCGCCCCUGCUUUGGGGUCAUUAUCAUGUUGGAAUACUGCCCUGCGGCCCAAGGUGGUGAUACGUUUUUGUAGUUGUGCAAAAGGAAGGUAUUCUUAUAUGUAUGUAUAUGUAUCCUCUUAUAUAUUUAAUUACUUAGUUUAUUUAGAUGCACGUUCAUUUGGGCACAUCAUGCACCUUACAUGUGCAUAUUCAUGUGCACACACAUCUUUAAUACCAUCUCUCUUUUCCCUUUGG